AGGCCGAAUGGGUUUGAGCCUUUGCAAGGAAGGUGGAGCUCGCGGGGGGCUUAACGGCAUCUAAGCGCACACUCGCUGGGACUCUCAGGCGGAGGAAUGUGUUGUUGUGUGCAAAUCGAUGGAGAGCAGUUUCGUGUCUCCAAGCAUGCUCAGGAUGGUUUUGUAAACUGAAGCGUGGGUUUCCGCGGAAGGAGAAGAGGUCCCCUCGCCUUUUCUCAAGGGGCUGUGCGGGUCUUUCUUCCAGCGGCUUUUCUGCUAAUAUCUUUAGCAGGAUGAAUCGUUUGAGCAAACAGUUGAUGCACUGCCUGGAUCAAGCUCUUCAACUUGUAGAAUUUAACAGCUCUAUCGAAGUAGACUACCUCCAGAUUGCCCAGUGUCUUGAAGGAAUGCGCCAGCGAUGCUGCCGAUUGGACUGUGAUUUGCAGGCAGCAAGGGAUCGACUGCGCCAUUCGGAGUCUGAUCGUUCAGUGCUGGAGGUGAAACUGAAACAUGCCCGCAACCAAGUUGAUGUGGAGAUGAAGAAACGGCAGUUGGUGGAAGCAGAGCUGGAGACACAGGAACGCAAACUGCAGCUUAUCUAUGACUACCUGGUGGCUGAUCCACAGAUCAAUCCUUUCAACGAGGACCAGAGCUCAGUCCUUGGAGCUUUUGAUGGGCGAAGUUUCGACCGCAGAAGCCUGCAGCCUGGCAAGCAGUUGUCUCCAGGGGAAGAACUUGGCAACUCAAUCAUAUCUGACAUCAGCUUUGACCACUCGGGUGAUGAAGCGAAUCUUAAUAUGAUAAAACCUGCCAAAGGAAGCAAAAGGCGUUCCUCUCUGGCACCCCUGAUCCAGCCAAUGGUAGCAGCCAAGCGUGCACGGCCAUCUGUGAUUCCUUCUCCUAAUGCAAAUAUCCUGGCUUUGACCUGGAGACCUUCAGCUGCUGCUGAAAGCUUGCCACAUGUUGAGCUGGUGCCACGUCGCCGAUCCAAGCAGAGUCAUCACAUCUCCACAAUUGCAGAAUUCACCUCAGUGUUGGGCAGCUGUGAUGAGUCAGAUGGACAGAGAAGCCAAGCUGAGAGUGAAGCUGCUGGCACAGAGGUUGGAGCUGGGGGGAAGGGUGCCCAGGGCUGCUUCCCUUCCUCUCCUUCUCCCUCAUGGAAAGCACCACCACUCCAACAUCACUUCACCUCCAAGACAAUCAUCUGUCGAGAGUCCUGUGCCAGUUGCAAAUCCCAUCUGCGCUUUGGGAAGGUGGCACUUAAAUGUCGAUCCUGCCAGCUUGUUGUACACCCUGAGUGCAGAGAAAACUGCCCAUCUCUGUGUAUACCAGGUACUCGCCAAAGAAUGAAGGAGGGCAUUCUGGCUGACUUCGCACCCAGUACACCCCCUAUGGUGCCCACACUAGUGGUUCAGUGUGUGAGUCAGGUGGAAAAUCGUGGUCUCCAGGAGAUGGGGUUAUACCGAGUGUCUGGUGCAGAGCCUGUUGUACGUGAAUGGAAAAACAAGCUGCUUCAUUCCAGAGGAGCAGCUCUUUCACUUGAUCAAGUGGCUGAUGUGCAUGUGAUCUGUGGCAUUCUCAAGGACUUUCUGAGGAGCUUGAAGGAACCACUUGUUACUUUCUACCUGCACUCUGCUUUCCUGCAUGCUGCAGACAUCCCAGAUGAAACUACCCGUCACACAGCUCUCUGCCAUGUUAUGAUGAAGCUGCCCCUGGCCAACAGAGAUACCCUGGCUUUUCUCAUGCUCCACUUGCAUAGAGUCAUAGACAGCCCGGAGUGUCGAAUGGACCAACAUAGUUUGGCAUGUAUCUUUGGACCAACCCUAGUUGGGCACAGUAUUCCCAACCCCUCUCCUGUCACCAUCAUGGAGGACACACCCCGUCAGAUCCAGGUUGUUGCCCAGCUGUUAGCACUGCCGCUUGAAUUUUGGAAACGUUUUGUGGAAGAGGAGCAGGAGAACCUGGUGCCUUCAGUGCAGCAGCCCAGUGUGGUAAAUAAGCAAGAAAUAAAGAGCAUCCAGAUGAGUCCAUCACCAGGAAGUGGCUGUCUCCCCAGUAAGCUACAUGACUGCAUUGGUACCACCCUCCCACCUUUGUGUGCCCAUCGCACUAAGAAGACUGGCAAAUUGUUCCCUCUCCCAACAUAAAAGAACUACUCUGCAUGACCCCCGUCCUCGCACCAACUUCCUUGGCUUCUGCCUGUUAACCACUUCUUUGCCAAUCUAGGUGUUGACUGAUGCAGCUGUUGACUGAUGAGGACACUGUGAUCGAGGAAGGCUGCUGGAGAAAACAAACUGCUUUUGCUCCGUCCAACUUUUGUUUCAAGAGACAAAGCGGUUAAUUCAGGGACAUGAGAGUGUUCAGAGAAACGUAACAGAGUUUUGCAGCUCUGAAACGCUUCCCCUGUGGUCCAGGUGAAGCCCCUAACAACAACAACAGAGGAAGAGAUACAGGAAUUCUGCAAGUGGGAGAAGGAAUGGGCACAAAUCACCUUCAGCACUACCUAUCAUGGGAAACGAGCAUUGGAUACAACCUAUAUUGCAGUUCCAUUGGAAACGAUGCUUUGACACUGUCCGUGCUGAUAUUCAAAUCACUAAUUAAUUAUGUUUUAUAUGGUCACUUCCCUAAGGACAGUAAUGCCAAAACAGGAACCUUAACAGCAUUGGCUAGUACAAAAAAUAAGCACUGCCCUGGAUUAUCUUCACAGUUGCUAUAAUUUAAUUGUGGAUCCAGGUGCUUCUCCAUUUGGUUACUGGGCUCAACAUGAUCCUUUUGUGACUUCUGGGUUGCACACCCUUUCCUAGGAGUAGCGCAUCUGACACUAUGCAGUCUCGUGUUAGCAUUCAAUGUAGCUAUUAUGCAAAGGGCAUGCCCUAACUAUUUACAGGACUUAGUUUUACUAUGCUAGUGGGUGUGAAUAUCUCUGGUAAAUUUGAGAAUGAUGAAUUCCCUAAUUGUGCAGUUCUUUACUGUCAUAGAUUAAAGGGCUGUGCCAUAGAAAUGAUGUAUGAGUUUCUUAUCACUGACUGGACACAGACGUUAUUGCACAUUGGAUGAUGGUGAUGAUUAAAAGUUGACAGGAACAAA